ACAUGGCGGACGAUACUGUUGUGUUUAUUCAGAGAGAACUUCCAAUCAACGCAUUUCCAACGAUAGCUGACAUUAGAAGGCAGGGGCAACUUUGUGAUGUUACCCUGAAGGUUGCUGACCAAAAGUUUUCAGCUCAUCGUAUAAUUUUAGCUGCUACAAUUCCUUACUUCCACGCCAUGUUUACACAUGAUAUGGUGGAGACUAAACAAAAUGAAAUCACAAUGGAAAGCAUUGAGCCCAGUGCGUUGGAAGCCCUGAUAAAUUUUUCCUAUACUGGCAGAGUUGUUAUUGACAUGAACAAUGUCCAGUCACUUCUCAUUGUUGCUGGUUUCUUACAUAUGCAAGCUGUCAAAGAUGCAUGUAGCACAUACCUAAAGAACAGACUAGAGCCCUCCUCCUGUUUGUCUGUUAGACAGUUUGCUGAUCAGUACCAGUGCUGCUCCUUAGUAGAGGCAGCCAAUAAAUACAUUCAAAAUAAUUUCCAGCAGGUGGCGCUAUCCAGUGACUUUCUCACACUACCCAAGUCUGAAGUUUUGGAAAUACUUUCUCGAGAUGAAUUGCAUAUUAUAUCAGAGGAGCAGGUUUUUGAGGCAGUCAUGAGAUGGAUCAAACACGACUCUGACGCAAGGGUCAAGGACUUGCCAGAACUGAUGGUCAAAGUUAGACUGCCAUUGUUGACUCCACAAUAUUUGAGUGACAAAGUGGCAACUGAGGAUAUUAUCAAAAACUCUCUACAGUGCAGAGACCUUCUAGAUGAGGCCAGAGAUUACCAUCUGAUGCCAGAAAGGAGACUUCUCAUGCAGACAUUUAAGACAAGACCAAGAGGGUGUACUGAUAUUCCAGGAUUUAUUUAUGCUGUGGGAGGACUAACAUCUGCAGGAGAUUCUCUGAGCACAGUGGAGAGGUUUGAUCCCCUGACUGGACAGUGGUCACCAGGAGAACCAAUGAGCACAAUGAGAAGCAGAGUUGGGGUCACUGUUCUAAAAGGUCACUUGUAUGCUAUUGGGGGUUAUAAUGGUAUGGAGCGUCUGGACACUGUGGAGGUUUAUGAUCCUCUCUCUAAAAGAUGGAGUCGUGUCUCAGCCAUGAAUUGUAAACGCAGUGCUUUAGGUGCAGUCAGUCUCAAUGGUAAAGUGAUUGUGUGUGGAGGGUAUGACGGGGUGACUUCUUUAAGGACUUGUGAAACAUAUGAUGCUGAUACAAAUACGUGGUGUCCCAUGCAACCCAUGCAUAAACAUCGCAGUGCCGCUGGUUUAUCAAUCUUGCAUGGCUGUGUAGUGGCAUGUGGUGGACAUGAUGGGCUUUCUAUUUUUGAUUCUGUUGAGACAUACAACCCUUCUACUGGCGAGUGGAAACAGCUUCCUCCAAUGAAAUCAAAGCGCUGUCGUCUAGGCGUGGCGACACUGAACGGCAAGGUGUACGCUGUGGGUGGCUAUGAUGGCUGUGUGUUUCUCAAGUCAGUUGAGAGAUAUGACCCAGACACACAGCAAUGGGAGUAUGUGGCUUCAAUGAAUGUGAAGAGGAGCCGUGUAGCUGUUGCUGCAACAUACGGCCGCCUGUACGCUAUCGGAGGCUACGACGGUCAGACCAAUCUCAACACAGUAGAGAUGUUUGACCCCAAUAUCAACGAGUGGAAGUUUGUCACCAGCAUGAGCGCUCACGAAGGUGGUGUUGGGGCGGGCGUCAUCCCGAUGGAAUCGUUUGGAGAGGAUAAAUUCUCUUUCUUAAAACAGGAAAAUUCUAGUUGAGUUUAAAACCAAACACUUGUUCAUCUGCUUUAGGGUUAUUUCGUUAAAAAAAAAGCUUUAAAAAGAAUAAGAAGCAAACACAUUUUUUCCUAUCCUGCUUGUUUGGCCGAGUGAGUAUAGUUAUCUAGUCAUGUUUUAAUCUAUUAUGAAUUUUGUAUAGAUUUUUAACAUCAUUGAUAUCUUAUCUGAUAGGAGUACUAUGCAUUGAAUUAUCAUUGGCAGUUUCUUAUUAUUAAUUUUUUUUUGUAUUUCAGUAGUUCUUAAAAACGUUUGGUAUUUCAAUUUUGUUAUUGGAAUAUUUAUUUGGCAGCAACUUGUUUGACUCCAUCUCACUUUGCUAGUUUUUUACAUUUCUAAACUGAUUGUGGUUAUCCCCCUUUACCCAUGUAAAUUAUGUAAUGUAUGAUUUUUUUUUUUAAAGUUUGUUUUUUUGUUUCAAUUGUGAGUUACUAUCAAAGCAUUUUUUAACACAUUAGUGAUAAGGUUUCAUUAUUCUUUAUCACUAAACAAGUUGUUAAUUAGGUAAAAAAAAAUAUGUGUUUUAAAUCUUUUACUGUGAUAAACUUCAUAACUUGACUUGUCAAUGAACUUGUGUUCUCAUGACCUCUUAGUAAAACUUUAAAUUUUGUGAAAUUUGAGGUUUCAUUGACAUAUAAAAACCAAAUGAUGUAAUACUUUGAACACUGAAUAGAUAACCCUGCACUUGUUCAUAUUUGCCGUUGGUUCAGGAUUGUUCUUUAUAAGAGCUGACAGAGAUGGCCUUACAGGCGACUAAUUGUUUUGUGGUUUUGGAUGGCUGAAGAAGCAAUUACUAUAAUAAGUCUUUCAUGGUUAGCAUUUUAUUAUUUGUCUGUUUUUCUAAAUAAAUUAGAUUUGACUUGUGGCUGUUUUAACAAUUUUUUAACUCUCCAUGACUAAAUGAAUCGCCUUAACAUUGAUUUCAAUGCUGAAACUGGUUAAGAAAAAUGUAUGAUUGUCCCUGAGUAAUGAUCAUUUUAAUCUUGAGUCUGCAAAAAAAAAAUCUGGGAGAUUUAGAAUUUUUUAUCAGACUGUUUCUUUUUACCAAGCUGAUAUUCCAGACCCCUCCUCCCCCCAGAGUUUAUUUUUUAGCUCAAAACAUCUCAAGGUGCAAAGUGCAUCAUUUAGUCAUGGAGGGUCACAUUCGUGUACACAUGUACACAAGAAUAGAUCAAAUGUACAUACUUUAUUGCUUCUCUCUUUGUUUACUUUGCUGCCUGUUUAUUACCUGUUUAUAAUAUUGCUACUAAAAAGCAUUUUUAAGCAUAAAUCUAAUUUAUCUUUUGAGGAGAGUUGAUACUGUUUAUAGAGCAGUUGGUAUGUUUUUUCUUCUCUCAUCGCUGGCUUUAUUUUAAGCUGUGAAUUGUAUGCAAAAGACAAUCAUACUUUUAUUACUAGUUAUUAGCUGAAAGAGACAGAGCAUUCUUUAGUAAGGCAAGUCCCUAUGUUACAUUAGGAGCUGAUGGUAGCAGUGUUGUCAGCUGUCUUGUGAUAAUAAAAAGCUCAUUGGGUUCUUUCCCAUCUAACUCUAGUUAGAGAACAAAUGUUAAACUCUGAUUGAUAUCUCUAAUACAUUACCUACAACUUAAAAAAAGAACUGUUGUUUUCUCUGCCUUGUGCUAGAUAGGAAAUUACCAUGGAGUUAAUGCCCACUAGACUGUUUUAAUUAAAGAUUUGAAACCUUUUGUACCUAGAUAACAUCAUAGUAAUUAGCAUACACAAUACCAUGUAAGUGUGCUUUAUUCAAAGUAGUAUAUAUUUUUCAUAGCUUUAACGUUGUGAUAUCAAAGUCCAGAACAAAUAAACUUAUUAUAUCAGAAGAAACAUUAUAAUAAUUAUAUAUUUCAAUGAGCCUUGUUGUAUGUUUAAAUAUAAGAGUUAAAAUAACCAUUUACAUUUUUUUUUAUAUAGUUAUCUUGCAAUGAGCUGAAGUUCAAAAGUUUUUUUUAUAGUAAUUGUAGAUUACCUUAUUUAACUCUGGAAACUUUAGUUUACCAUAUUGCCAAUGGGGGGUCAUUCACAAGAUAAGGUUAAAUCAGUUAGUGUCUUUAUAUCAAAUGGGUUAAGGUUGGGUUAUAACCUGGAUAAACCACUGUAAACAGGGCAUAAGCUUUGUACUAAGUGUCCACUCUUUACCCAAUAGCAGCAGUUGUCUGAUUGAAGAUAAUAGUUAAUAGUGUUCAGUGGUGUAAGCACUGGUGGGUUUGUUUAGAAAAAAAUUGGAGUGAAAUGUUACAAUUCGCCAGAGUUUUUGUUCUUGUAAAAUUGUGUGCAUUCAGUUUUGCAGUGUUGUUUUUUAUAAAUCAAAAGUUGUUUUUCUCUUACUUUGUGAUUUUAUUUAACCUGGUUUCUCUCCCUUGAAGAGAAAUAAUGAAAAAUAAAUUUUUGUUUUG